AUGCGCAGAUGCUUCUUUAACUUAAAGAAUCGAAGCAGACAUCAUUCUCGGCAUAUAAUACAAGACGACGAAGAAAAAAAAGAUCAUUGGGACGAGUCAAGAAUAAAUUUACUGCUAAAUGUUAAUUGUGAAAGAAUGAAUUCUUCGACAAAUAACCCUACAAGCUUUUCUCCUUAUCUUCUCUCGCGUUUCCAUCCGCAUUUGAAUCAUCUCAAUGAUAUGGCUUUUGUACAUACGAAAAUCUUACAAGAAAUUAUCGAAAAACGUUCAUCGCAAUCGCUAAAUUCUUCGCCGCAUGGAAGCGUUAGUUCAUCUUCACCAACAUCAUCAUCAUCGACAGCGGCUGAUUCGCAUCAACAAGAACAACAACGUAAACGUUCUUAUCCAUGUCAUGACGAUCAACAUGAUAUGAAAAAUGAAAACAAACGUUCAAGAAAACAAUCGAAACCGCAACAACUUGUGAAAAUCACUUCCCAUCAUCAUGAACGAUCAUCACCUUCACCUUCAUCGACAUCCGAACACGAUAAUGUUGAUGAUGAUGACAAUGUGGAAAACGAAGACGAACGAGAUGACGAAGAAGAAAUGGGUGAAAUCAAUGAAUCGAUGGAAAAACAAAAAUCUCUUCAAAUUCCAACUUCACCCAUAUUUCCCUUUUCAUCGUCGAAUCUGCCGUUCUUCAAUUACAUUCAAGAUUUAGCACGUGUCAAUCACAUCACAUCACCAAUAUCCAUGGAACGAUUCGCAGAGAGUCUCCAAAAAGAUCUUUUGUCUGCCGCUAUCGAAUCCAAACAGUUAACACUACCACCACCACCACCAAUGCCACUUCCACCAGGCUUAUUUCCACAAACUGUUCAUCAUCACCACCAUCAUCCAUAUUUUUCUCAAAUUCUUUUCAACAAUUCUUUUAUCAAUCAUUUCCCUUCAUCACCAUCAUCAUUACCACGGUUUCCUCUCUCAUCAACUGACGAUCAUCCAUUUCAUUUUUCAACGCCAAAAAAGCGACGUACAAAAGUUACUGAUACACGUCUAUCCCCACGGAUAACAACUAAACUAACAUCUCAAUCGAAUUUCGAUGAUUUAACUGAUGAAGAAAUCAGUUCAGUCGAUGAUAAUCCAACUAAAUCUGAUCAACCCGUCAGCGAGUACAAUGGAUUUCAGAUAAGUAUUCUUUUCCGUCUUGAUCUUCGAUGA